UUCAUGCCGUUGUAAUAUAUAUAUAUAUACAUGUACAUACAUAGGUGUGACUGAUAGGAUUUUCUUCUCCAAUGCCUGCCUUGCCAUUGAGGGAUCAAACAAACCUUUCCCGGCCGUAUUAAUCCGUAGUUUGGUACUUACUACAUGUUGGCUUUGCAGGUGCGAGUCGUUGUAGCACAAACCAAGCUCCGUGUACUGCAACUACAUGAAUCGGAAUCUUGCAACAGGUCGAGAUCCUUGGAGUGGAGGCAGUUGGAAGCAAGUUGCUUUGAGACAUCUCAAGUCAACUGGACACCAUGACAAAUGCCUCAAGUACAGCAGAAAGACUGCUGUUGCAAGAAAGGUCUUUGCGAUGUCUCUGAUUCAGAGGAUGAUUCCACAGAGAUCUAUUCUCCGAAUCACGACCUUUGCUGCAAGUUCAAAAGCCGUUCUUGUGGCCACAUCCUUUCUUGGAGCAAGUUCAAAGAUGACGCACCAGAUGUCAGCUUUUGCAAGGAAGCUCCCCAUGUGGAGUUUAAACCGCCUCCUCGGCCGCCACAGGUCAUCCGCUCAGACGUGAAGCCAGGACAUCCGGCGCACACGGUCAAAGCAUAUUGUGAUUUGAGCAGUCAAGAGGAGCUUGCAGAGGAUGAAGAGUCCGUCGAUGACUCUGAAAAUGGAUUUGGAUCUAAGAAAGCCCUUAUGCAGAGCAUGAUCAAUGAAAUCACAAGCAACUCAAUUGACUCAAUGGCAAAGGAGAUCUUCUCAAUCUAUGUUUGCACUCGUUGGGCUCCCAACUCCGAAUUUACACAAAUUCUGGACGGGGAGAUGGCAACAGGUCAGCUGCCAAGAAAGAAGGCUUCAAAGCUCUACAGGGAUGGGCGCUUCAUCCCCUUGCGAUGUAGUGAGAACUUCAAAGUCUUCAGUGAUGCAAGCUUGGGCAAGACCAACUUCGAGGUGUUUGAGGGUCAGAUGCAGUCCUUGGCCACGUGGUACGCAGCGGAGAAGGAUGGUGCAGUAUCGUCUCGUUUAGCGAAACUGGCAGGUGUGGAUUUGCACCCAGAUUUGCGUGAAGCUACGGCCUUUGAUCUGGGCACUGUUGCGAAGGCCGCACAAGGCUGUGACGACUCGCAGAGCUGGAUCAGCGUCAUUGAUGCCAAGAGCCAGGAACUCCUCUCCAACUGCCGAACAGUGAAGUGGUGGCUUUCGAAGUUGCGGGACUGGCACCGUGCUAUGCCCUUUACCAGCUUCAUGUCUCCAGAUCAGGAAGGGGCCAAGAUGGCGCCCAAACAGAAGGAACAGGUCCUCAUGUGCUUUGGCAAGCGCGUGGCUUCUCAGCUACAUCGAAGAGAAGGCGGCCAGCAUUUGAUGACUGAUCAGAACGCGAUUGGUUGUCAUGGUUUCUGGAACAUGGGCCAGGCUGCGCUGAUGCUGGAUCGCAUUGUAAAGCUUUGGCGUCCACCGACUUGCCAGCUUGCAAGCAUGGAGCUUGAAAUGAAGGUGAAGAUCAUGGAAUUGAUUGCAAGCAUGAACUCCCGCCUCUUUGAUGCUCUUCCUGCGUUAUUGACUGAGGAAAUCUCAGCAAGCCCAGACUUCGAUGGCAAAGCAUUGGAAGCAUCGUCACUGGGCGUGAGUCUCGUCCGUGGCAUGUGGCAAACCAUUACAAGCAGCUUUUCGGCCUUGAAGGGUCAAUACACUCGCUUGGGCCAGCUUCUUGGCAACACUGUGGUGAAAUGGACAGUUUGUCCAUUGAAAAACAUUUCCGAAGCACAAGAGCUUGACAAGUUAGACUCCGCAUUGGGCACAGAAGAUGACCUUGCUCGCUAUUACGCAGAGAUUGCAUAUGCGAAAUGGACAGGGAAGACUAAUCUUCUGCCUGGAGAAGAGUGUAUAGAUGAAGAGUCGUUGCGAAGUUCCAUGGCGCACUGUAGGGUUUGUACGCUAGGCACUUUGCAGCAAGACAUGCCAGAGCCAUACAAGGACGAGAAGUUCAUUUGCCCCGUGAGGCCUUUUCUUCCCGCAAAACAGCAGCUUGAAAUCUUUGAAAAGAAGAAUGGCUGGUGUCCGCUGCGAAUGAACUCCAAGCAGAUGGAAGCAGCCAAAUGGUUCUAUCGUGGUCGCACACCUCAGAAGACUCAACACGACAUGAUGGAGAACAAGCCGCAGGGGGACUUCCAAGCAAUCAAGCUGGUUGAUUUUAAGAGUCGACAAGACUCGGACUUUCAUAUGUGGCGCAGCUUUGCGACUGUUUCUCUCCAAUGUACCAGAGAAGAGAGUGAGGAGACUCCAAGGUGGUGCAAAGAUCCCGAGGUCCACUACUCUUCUGGCUCUGUGAAUUCUUUUGUGGACUCGAUGGGUCGUGUAGGGCGCGGUGCACGACGCCUGGUGAUGCGUGGAAUGCACAAGGCGGGAAUGGCAGAGGAGCCCAAAACAAACAAUGCACCAGGGAAGGCUUUCACGCAAUGGCUUUACCAGCGCGGGAAGCACGCUGAAGCCUGGCUCAAGGGCACUAGCAGCGAAUGGUUUGGUAAAGCAGCAGACCGCUAUGAGAAACUGCGUACGAAAUCCUUUCACACUUCAGAAGCUGCUGAGCUGCUCCACAGUAUGUCAUUUCAAAGGGAAUUGGAGAGCACAGGAGCAGAUUCAAAGCAGAAGCAACGAUACGAACGCUUCGCCGUUAUUGCGCCGUGCAAAAGCAUGGACCCAGAGACUGAGUUCGAUCUGAAAUACGAAAGCGCAGAGGAUGCACUUCAGUUGGCAAGAAAGGUGCACCAAAAGUUUGAUGCUUCCAUUUUCAAGUCCAAAGCCUUUGCAGUGCAGCUCAUGGGUGCAUCAAUUCUGAAGAUGAAUGGCGAUCAAUCAGCUUGGGUGGAAUUCCGCACAUUGGUCAGGGCUUUCUCUCCGAACUGCUUUGGCAAGGAAUGCUCAAACGACUGGGUUGUGACCAAGAAUGCAAUGAUUGGAGAAUUAGCUGGCAGCAUCUCUGCACAUGGAGGAGAAUCUGUACGCUCUUCUGACCUCACUGGUUUCGAGGCGACUUUCAACUGUGGUACGCGACCGGAAAUGCAUGACCUCCCUCGUGAGCGCCUUGGGAAAGCCGAGCCGCCCGUGGUUUCCCAGAGCUUUGUGGAAUGUGUGACGCACGGCGCCGUCAAAAAUAAGGAGCUUCGGAACACUGCACCUGAAGCACCAUACCUGAGAGAAGAGACGGUUGUGAGAAUCACAUUUCAUAGCUUAGAAGACUGUCGAUUGCAUUUGAGCACAGCGAGAAACAGCAACGAGACCGAGAAUCCUGUCUAUCGGACCUUCUCUAGCAUUUCAGGAUGCCCAGGCAUAGCGGAAGCGGACUUUCCUAAGAUCCUGAAAAGAGACAUCGAGGAAAGUAGGUUUAGAGGCUUGCUGCUUGGAAGUGGCUUGCCCGAUGAGACUCUUUUUGAGGUGCUUGUAGAUCCAGAAGACUUUCUGAAAGAGGUGCCUCUCUAGGAAGACUGUGCACUAGCUGGACAUAUGCCAGACGAAAAAGAGCUGCCUCUCUUCUCGAGGUCUUGCGAGUGUUGCUGCGAACAGCUGCUGGAUGAUCUGAGAUAUGCUGAGAUAAGCAGAAAGCGAAUCGUGGCAUGUCAUGGAAUCUGUCAUUGCUGGGCCCUCAAUAAACUUGAAGCAGUUGGG